UCUCCCCUUCCUUCCAGCCAGGGUUAAACCAAAACAAUCGUCUCUUCUUCUUCUGCGCUUUUUCGCUUCAGACUCUCUCUCUCACACAUAAACCCUCUCUCUCUCUCUCGCUCUAGGUUUUGUAGUGAAUUUUGAUGUUAUCAAUCCCUAUACACAACCACCAGUAACAACAACAACCAUGGCUGCUACCCUAAGAUCCAACUUGCCGUCGAGGUUACGCCACCUUCUAUCCGCUGACGGAGGAGGAGGACUUGUUACUCCCAAUUUUACACUCCACUCCGAUACUCCUCUAAACGUAAAGACAUUUAUUGACACAGUGAUUCAGUGUCCAUUGCAAGACAUAGCCAUCCCUCUCUCAGCUUUCCGUUGGGAGUACAACAAGGGAAUUUUUCAUCAUUGGAGGCCACUCUUCUUGCACUUUGAUACAUACUUCAAGACAUAUUUGUCUACUAGGAAGGAUCUUUCCUUGGCAGAUGAUAUUGUAGAAGAAGAAGAUGAUACCCCUUUCCCAAAGCAAUCAGUCCUCCAAAUUCUGCGUGUCAUGCAAAUCAUCUUAGAGAAUUGCCAAAACAAGAGCUCAUUUACUGGCUUAGAGCAUUUGAAGCUCUUGCUUGCAUCAACUGAUCCUGAGGUCCUCAUUGCAACAUUAGAGACUCUUUCAUCAUUAGUGAGAAUAAAUUCUUCAAAGCUUCAUGCAACUGGGAAGCUUGUUGGAUGUGGUUCUAUAAACAGCUGUCUUUUGUCAUUAGCACAAGGAUGGGGGAGCAAGGAAGAAGGGUUGGGUUUAUAUUCAUGUGUUGUUUCAAACGAAAAGACCCCAGACGAUAGUCUUUCCUUAUCUCCUUCUACUGAUAGUGAUAAAUCUCAAAAUCGCAUGAGGUCGACUCUAUAUUUCGAGUUGCAUGGCACACAUACCCAAGAUGUGGGUCCCUCCGCAAGUGUUAUUCACAUUCCAGAUCUUCAUACAUGGAAGGAGGAUGAUCUGUUUAUUAUGAAGCAACUGGUGGAGAAGUACAACGUGGGUCCCGAACAUCGGUUUUUGUUGCUGACUAGGAUCAGGUAUGCACACGCUUUCCGCUCACCCAGAAUAUCUAGGCUGUACAGCAAGAUAUGUCUUCUUGCCUUCAAUGUUCUUGUUCAAUCUGGUGAUUCACAUGAUGAGCUCGUGUCUUUUUUUGCAAACGAACCUGAAUAUACAAACGAGCUAAUCAGGCUUGUGAAAUCUGAAGAAACCAUAUCUCCAACUAUUCGUAUGCUUGCAAUUCACGCUCUUGGGUCUCAAGUAGCUGCCUAUUCUUCAUCUCAUGAGCGGGCCCGCAUUUUGAGUACAGGUGGAAGCCGUGUGAUCUUUAUUAAUGUGCUGCAAAAGGAGAUUUCAUCGUUAAACAAGUCUACUGAUCCACCGUCUAUUGCAUUCAUUGAAGCACUCCUUCAAUUUCACUUACUUCAAGUGAUAACAACUUCAAGUCCUGGAAACAUUAUACGGGGUUCGGGAAUGGUUUCAACUUUUUUACCCCUGUUAGAUGACACCGAGCCCACGCACAUGAAUCUUGUCUGUUUGGCUGUGAAGACUCUACAAAAACUCAUGGAUUACAGCAAUUCAGCAGUCACUCUUUUACAAGACUUAGGAGGAGUUGACCUUUUGACCAACCGACUGCAUAUAGAAGUUGUUAGAAUGAUUGAUUCAAUGAGAAUUGGGGAGUCCUCAGACACAAUUGAUGAUCAUAUUCAUUCACAACACAGGCUUAUUAGGGUUUUAUUAAAGGCACUUAGUUCAGCUACUUACGCUUCAGCAAGUACUACAAGAUCUCAGAAUCCUCAUGAUAUCUCCCUACCAGCAACUCUUUCAAUGAUCUUUAAAAACAUGGAUACAUUUGGAGGUGAUAUAUAUUCAUCAGCUGUGCAGGUUAUGUGUGAGAUGAUUCACAAAGAUCCUACAUGCUAUGCAUCAUUAGAUGAAAUUGGUCUUCCCAAUGCCUUCUUAUUAUCAGUGACAGCUGGUGUUCUUCCUUCUUCCAAGUCUCUUGCAUGUGUCCCGAAUGGUCUCGGUGCGAUUUGUCUCAAUACAAAGGGGUUAGAGGUGGUAAAAGAAAAGUCAUCAUUGAGGUUUUUGGUUGACAUUUUUACUGACGAGAAAUAUGUCCUUCCAAUGAAUGAUGCUAUCGUGCCUUUAGCAAAUGCUGUUGAGGAACUUUUGCGUCAUGUCUCUUCACUUAGAGUCACCGGUGUAGAUUUGAUUAUUGAAAUUAUUAAUAAAAUUGCAUCAAUUGAGGACCGCAAAGGUGCAGAACAGUCGGGAAAAGUCGAUGUGAGUAAUGUUACGGAUAUGGAUACUGAAGAGAAAGAAAAGUCAACCAUGGAAGGAGAUAGUAACGAGCCAUUCAUCCAAUCAUGCAUUUUUCAUGUGAUGGUGUUAGUUCAUAGAACAAUGGAAAACGCUGAAACAUGUCGGCUUUUUGUGGAAAAAAACGGUAUCGACGCUUUAUUGAAGCUUUUAUUAAGACCAAGUAUAACUCAGUCUUCUAAAGGGAUGUCUAUUGCUUUGCAUAGCACAAUGGUCUUCAAAAGUUUUACUCAGCAUCAUUCUGCUGCUUUGGCAAGUGCCUUUUGUUCCUCUUUAAGGCAGCAUUUAAAGUCAACUCUAACCGGAUUUGAUCUUCUUUCCGGAUCUUUUCUUUUGGAUCCCAAAUCCACCCCAGAUGCAAGGGUUCUCUCUUCGCUUUUUCUUGUUGAAUUUCUUCUGUUUUUAGCUGCCUCAAAAGACAAUCGAUGGAUUACUGCAUUGCUCCAAGAAUUUGGAAACGGAAGCAAGGAUGUUCUAGAAGAUAUCGGAAGAAUUCAUCGCGAGAUUUUAUGGCAGAUUGCUUUACUCGAAGAUACCAAGUUUGAAAAAAAUGAGGAUGUUAGUGACGGUGCUGCUGAUGUGUCACAGCCUUCAGAAUCUGAAGAACAAAGAUUGGAUUCUUUUAGGCAGUUUCUUGAUCCGUUAAUGAGAAGAAGAAUGUCUGGAUGGAGUUUUGAGUCACAAUUUUUUGAUUUGAUUAACCUGUAUCGUGAUCUCACCCAUGCCUCUGGCACACAUGGUCCAUCAGAACCACGUAGUGGUGCUGGUCAACGGUCAACCCCUUCUGGAACUUCAGACAUGAUACGGUCACUAUCUAUACACAUCACCCAUUUGUUUCAAGAGCUAGGAAAAGCUAUGCUGCUUCCUUCUAGAAGACGAGAUGACUUGGAGACUGUAACUCCUUCAAGAUCUGUGGCUUCUACAUUUGCUGCCAUCACACUUGAUCAUAUGGAUUUUGAAGGACACAUGGCAUCCUGGUCAGCAAAAUGUCGUUACCUGGGGAAGGUUGUAGAUUUUAUUGAUGGCAUUCUACUAGAAAAGUCUGAUUCUUGUAAUCCCAUCCUGUUAAAUUGUUUGUAUAGUCGUGGGGUUAUUAAGUCAGUUAUGACCACAUUUGAAGCCACCAGUGAGUUACUUUUCACUGUCAACAAAACUCCUGCAUCUCCAAUGGAGACUGAUGACGGAGUUUUAAAGCAAACAGACACAGAAGAACCGGUUCAUUCAUGGAUUAAUGAUUCAUUAGCCAACUAUGGUAAACUUAUGGAUCACCUCGUGACUUCAUCUUUUAUUUUGUCGUCUUCUGCCAAACAAUUGCUUACACAACCCCUUGUAAAUGGAGGAAGCAUUCAUCUUCCACAGGAUCCCGAGGUUUUUGUUAGGGUCCUACAAUCUAUGAUCUUGAAAACCGUGCUUCCGUUAUGGACUCAUCCUCAGUUUACGGAUUGUAAUGAUGAUUUCAUCGCUACUGUAAUAUCUAUCAUCCGUCAUGUCUUUUCUGGGGUCGAAGUGAAAAAUGUAAGCAAUGGCGGGUCACAUCCGACUGCUCCUUUGAGUGAAACGAGCAUUUCGACAAUAGUUGAAAUGGGGUUUUCAAGAUCUCGUGCAGAGGAGGCUUUGAGGCAAAUUGGGUCAAACAGUGUUGAGUUGGCGAUGGAAUGGUUAUUCUCACAUCCUGAGCAAGUCCCAGAAGAUAAUGAACUUGCUCGUGCACUUGCUAUGUCUCUUGGUAAUAAUUCAUCUAAUGCAAAAGAAAGCGUUGCAAAUGAAACCAAUCAACAGAUUGAAGAGGAAACUGUGCAGUUGCCACCUGUUGAUGAAUUGUUAUCCACAUGUAAGAAGCUUCUACAAGUAAAGGAUUCUUUAGCAUUUUCAGUUCGCGACCUUCUUUUUAUGAUAUGUUCACAGGAUGAUGGUCAAUACAGAUCAAAUGUUGUAACGUUUAUCGUUGACCAGAUUGCUGACAAUGGAAAGAAUACGAUGAUGAUAUCUUCCCUCUUCCAUGUUCUUGCUUUGCUUCUUAAAGAUGAUAAUGACUUGAGGGAAGUUGCUUCCAAAAGUGGUCUGGUUAAAGUUGCUGCAGAUCUUUUGUCGGAUUGGAACUCUGAGAAUGAAAAUAUACAAACUGUUCCUAAAUGGGUGACACCAGCUUUUCUCGCUGUUGACCGCCUUGCUCAUGUGGACCAAAAGCUGAAUGCUGAUAUUAUUUCAGAGCUAUUAAAGAAAGAUGCUGUUGUGAUUGAUGAAGAAAAACAAAAUAAGGUUCAACCCGAUAUAGGGCUUAUUGAUAUAGAAGAUCAAAAGAGACUUGUUGAAAUAUCUUGUCAUUAUUUAAAGAAUCACCUUCCUGCUGAAACAAUUCAUGCUGUUCUUCAACUAUGUUCCACACUUACAAGAGAUCAUUCUGUUGCUGUUAGCUUCUUAAAUGCUGGUGGUUUGCCUUUGCUGCUAUCUUUGCCUGCAAAUAGUCUGUUUGUUGGUUUUGAUAAUGUUGCGGCUACUAUCAUUCGCCAUAUUCUUGAAGACCCACAAACACUCCAACAAGCUAUGGAAUCUGAAAUAAAACAGAGUGUUGUGACAGCUGUCAAUCGACAAUCCAGUAGCAGGCUCACACCCCAUAACUUCCUCUUGAAUUUGACUUCUGUUAUUUCACGUGAUCCUGUUGUUUUUAUGCGGGCGGCCCAGUCUGUAUGCCAAAUUGAGAUGGUUGGUGACAGACCAUAUGUUAUAUUGCUUAAAGGCAAGUCCAAAGAAAAAGAAAAAACAGAGACUAUGGCUGAUGGAAAACUUCCUGAGGCAAAUGUGAAGCAUGUUAAAGCUCAUAGAAAACCGCCUCUGAGUUUUGUGAAUGUAAUUGAGCUGCUAUUGGAUUCAGUUAUGAAUUUUGUGCUACCUGUAAAAGAUGAGGCUGUGGCAUUGUCUGGAGACGAGGCAUCAUUAACUGAUAUGGACAUCGAUUCGAUAUUAAACAAGGGUAAGGGGAAGGAACAUGAAAAUGAAAGUGGUGGGCAGGAACUUUAUGCCUCGCUAGCGAAACUUGUAUUCAUUCUCAAGCUUUUAACAGAUAUUCUCUUGGUGUAUGGUCCAUCAGUUCAUGUUCUGCUUCGAAGAGAUGGUGAAAUUACUCAAAAGGGUCAUACUAGUAUUCGUGGAGGUGGAGUAUUUCAUCAUAUUCUUCAUCAGUUUCUUCCUUAUUCAAGAAAUUCUAAAAAGGAGAAAAAGACAGAUGUUGACUGGAGACAUAAACUAGCAAACCGAGCUAGUCAGUUUUUGGUGGCUGCGUGUGUGCGUUCUGCAGAGGCAAGGAAGAGAGUUUUUGUGGGGAUUAAUAAUGUUUUUACUGAUUUUGUUAAUUCUUCUAUAGUUCCUCAACCACCAGGAAAUGAUAUCCAGGCUUUUGUUGAUUUGCUGAGUGAUGUGGUGGCAGCCCGUUCACCAACAGGCUCUUCAAUUUCAAGUGAAGCUUCGGUUUCGUUUAUUGAUGUUGGUCUGAUAAGGUCACUUACGCUAAUUUUGCAAGUGUUGGACCUGGACCAUCCCGACUCACUUAAGGUGGCACCUGGGAUUGUAAAGGUUCUAGAGGUGGUCACUAAAGAACAUGUCCAUGCCGCUGAGAAAGGUGAUAAUACAACAAAACCUCUAGAUCAUACAGAAAACGAACAAACAGAAAAUAUUGGUGAUAUAUCUCAGUCUAGAGAAACUGAGCCUGCUACAGAUGACAUGGAACAUGAUCAGGAUAAUGAUGUUCCUCCAAGUGAAGAUGAUUACAUGCAUGAAACUUCUGGUAACACAAAUGGUUUUGAUUCUGUGGGAAUAAGAUUUGAAAUCCAACCUGAUAGUCAAGAGAGUCUAGAUGAAGACGAUGAUGAAAUGUCAGGGGAUGAAGGAGAUGAAGGAGAUGAAGAAGAAGAAGAGGAAGAAGAAGAAGAAGAAGAUGGAGGAAACAAUGAUCUUGAAGAUGAAGUCCAUCAUCAUUUGCCUCAUCUUGACACAGAUCAAGAUGACAAUGAAAUUGAUGAAGAUGAAUUUGAUGAGGAUAUGAUUGAGGAAGAAGAUGAUGAGGAGGAUGAGGAGGAUGGUGAAGGUGAUGGUGAUGGUAGAGUUAUAUUAGGACUGAGUGAGGAAAUGAAUGGGAUUAACAUGCUGGAUCAUAUUGAGGUUUUUGGCAGAGAUAAUGAUGACACAUUCCACAUGAUGCCUGUUGAAGUUUUUGGUUCAAGACGUCAAGGUCGUACCACAUCCAUCUAUAAUCUUCUUGGGAGAUCUCGUGAGACAUCAGCUCCAGCUCAGCAUCCACUUCUAAUCGACCCUUCGUCACGUCCGGUUUCAUCUCGACAAGCAGGCAACACUCGUGACAGAAAUUUGGAGUCAACUUCAUCACGUUUGGAUUCGGUAUUUAGAUCUUUGAGAAAUGGGCGCCGUGGACACCGUUCAAGCAUGUGGGCUGAUGACCUUCAAACGGGUGGAUCAAACCCUUCCAGCAUUCCUUCAGGUCUUGAAGAUUUGUUGGUUUCUCAUUUGAGACCUCCAACCCCUGUGAAUCCGCCUGAUCAUGACACAGGAAUAGAGGGUCAUACACAAGAUGAGACUGCUGGGAUGGUACCUGAACCCACCACCGAGAACACUGGUAAUAGUGACCCCGCAGUAAAUGAAUCUCAAACAUCCAUUAGACAUCCUCAAUCUGAUCACAAUUCUGCUGAAGGUGUGAGCCAAGAAAACAAUGAAAAUGAGACUACAUUAGGAGAAAGUCAUAGAAGCUUGGAUGUGGAAAUUGGAAGUGCAAAUGCAUCACUUGUGAAUACAACUAUAACAUCAGCAAGCGGGUCCCUUCAUAGUGUACCUGAGGUAUCAGAAAACCAUAGUCAAGAAAUAGAGCAAGGUGCUGCAGCUGCUGAUGCACGGAUUGACCCUACAUUCCUGGAUGCACUUCCUGAUGAAUUGCGUGCUGAGGUUUUAUCUGGUCAAUCAGGUCCAGUGACACAAGUUUUAAAUACUGAACAUCAGAAUGGUGGGGUCAAUGACAUUGACCCUGAAUUCCUUGCCGCACUCCCGCCAGAUAUUCGAGCAGAAGUUUUAGCACAACAACAAGCACAAGCGGUACAACGGUCACAAGAAUUGGAAGGUCAACCUGUGGAGAUGGAUACUGUCUCGAUAAUCGCUACAUUUCCUUCAGAAAUACGGGAAGAGGUUCUCUUAACGUCAUCUGAUGAUGUUCUUUCCAAUCUUACACCGGCGCUUGUUGCUGAGGCAAACAUGUUGAGAGAGAGGUUCCGACGCCACAACCGGACACUUUUUGGUAUGUUCCCUAGAAGUAGGAGGGGUGAAUCUUCUAGAGGAGGUGAAGGAAGCCUGGAUCGAGUUAGUGGGACCAUUACUCAUCGGUCAACAGGAAGUCAGCCCAUUGAAACUGAAGGAGCUCCUUUAGUUGAUACAAAAGAUCUUAAAGCAAUGACUCGUUUGCUUCGAGUAGUUCAGCCACUCUAUAAACCUCAACUGCAGAGACUGCUCUUGAACCUAUGUGCUCAUGUUGACACCAGAUCUGCUAUGAUAAAAAUAUUGAUGGACCUUUUGGUUCUUGAUACAAGAAAUCCCAACAGUGAUUUGAACGCUUCUGAGCCCUCCUAUCGCCUUUAUGCUUGCCAGAGUCAUCUCAUGUAUUCUCGCGCUCAAAGUUUUGAUGGUGUACCGCCAUUGGUGUCACGUCGCGUUCUUGAAACACUAACAUUUCUGGCCAGGAAUCAUAAAUUUGUUGCAAAACUUUUGCUACAGUUUAGAAUACAAACAUCUGAUCAGGCUCGUGGGAAAGCUGUUAUGAUUGUUCAAGAUGAUGAAUCAGAAAAACAUCAGUAUCAUGAUGGUGUAUUAGCCAUAACAUUGCUGUUAAGCCUCUUAAAGCAACCGCUUUAUUUGAGAAGUAUUGCACAUCUUGAGCAGUUGCUAAACUUAUUAGAUGUCAUCAUUGAUAAUGCCGAACGUAUGCAAGUGUCGGUUCCACAUGGGGAACCUGUUGCUGAAGAAUCUGCUCAAAUGUCAACUUUAGAUGGCGAAACAAAUCCGAAUAGUAAAUUAUCCAAGAUUGAUGAUGCCUCUAAGCCCUCAUCCUCUGGUGUUCAUACCGAAAAUGAAUCUCAUACUAUUCUGCUAAAUUUGCCACAAGCAGAACUCCGUCUUCUCUGCUCGUUGCUUGCAAAUGAAAGUUUAUCGGACAAUGCUUACGCUCUUGUUGCUGAUAUAUUGAAGAAGUUGGUCGCUAUUGCUCCUCUUCACUGUCAUUUGUUCAUAACCGAGCUAGCUGGCUCUAUGAAAAACUUGACUAAGUUAGCAAUUAAUGAACUACGCGUGUUUGGUGAAAUGGAGAAAGCACUGAUUAAUACAUCUGGUUCAGAUGGAGCAGCAAUCCUUAGGGUUAUACAAGCGUUAAGCUCACUAGUUGCUACACUUAAUCAAGAAAAAGACAACGUAGCUCUUGAAAACGAGCAAUCUGCGACCCUUGCUUUAGUAAAUGACAUAAAUGCUGAUUUGGAGCCGUUAUGGAUGGAGUUGAGCACAUGUAUAAGCAAAAUAGAGAGUUUUACUGACACUACCCCUGAAGUAUCUUCUUCAUCAUCAAUAAACUUAACAUCAAGACCUAGUGCAUUUCCACCACUGCCUGCUGGCACUCAGAAUAUCUUGCCGCACAUAGAAUCAUUCUUUGUGACGAGUGAGAAGUUGCAUUUCGGGCAUGAUUCUGAUGAUGUCAAUGUUCCCGAGAGUCAUUUGAAACCGUUAGGGACUUCUGUAAAAGUUGAUGAAAAGAAUGUUGCUUUUGUAAGAUUUGCCGAGAAACACAGGAAGCUUCUUAAUGGUUUUAUCAGACAAAACCCGGGAUUGCUUGAGAAGUCCUUCUCGGUUAUGCUAAAGGUUCCUCGUUUUAUCGAUUUCGACAAUAAACGCUCGUACUUCAGAUCGAAAAUUAAGCAUCAACAUGAGCCUCAUCAUCAUAGUGGUUUGAGAAUAUCUGUUAGAAGAGCAUAUAUACUUGAAGAUUCAUAUAAUCAGCUGCGAAUGAGAUCCACUGAAGAGUUGAAGGGUAGGCUGACUGUACAUUUUCAAGGGGAAGAAGGUAUUGAUGGAGGUGGACUUACGAGGGAAUGGUAUCAGUUGUUAUCGAGGGUAAUUUUUGAUAAGGGAGCUUUGCUUUUUACAACUGUUGGUAAUGAGUCAACCUUUCAACCAAAUCCAAAUUCUGUUUUUCAGACAGAACACAUCUCGUACUUCAAAUUUGUUGGCAGAGUUGUUGGGAAAGCACUAUUUGAUGGGCAGUUGCUUGAUGUUCAUUUUACAAGAUCUUUUUACAAGCAUAUGCUUGGGGCAAAAGUAACCUACCAUGACAUUGAAGCAAUUGACCCAGGUUACUUCAAAAACUUGAAGUGGAUGCUUGAGAAUGAUAUUAGUGAUGUUUUAGACCUAACAUUUAGCAUUGACGCCGAUGAAGAGAAGCUAAUCUUAUUUGAGAAAGCACAAGUAACUGACUAUGAACUGAUCCCUGGUGGAAGAAAUAUUCGAGUUACAGAGGAAAACAAACAUGAAUAUGUCAAUCUCAUUGCUGAGCAUCGGUUAACAACUGCUAUUCGCCCUCAGAUAAACGCAUUUUUGGAAGGUUUUAACGAGUUGAUCCCUCGUGGUAAUAUAUCCAUCUUUCAUGACAAGGAAUUGGAAUUGUUGAUAAGCGGACUUCCAGAUAUCGACUUGGAUGACAUGAGGGCGAACACAGAGUAUUCGGGGUACAGUGCUGCAUCUCCUGUUAUUCAUUGGUUUUGGGAAGUUGCUCAAGGCUUAAGCAAAGAAGAUAAGGCCCGUUUAUUGCAAUUUGUCACUGGCACCUCAAAGGUACCUUUAGAAGGGUUCAGUGCUUUGCAAGGUAUAUCUGGAUCCCAGAAGUUUCAGAUUCACAAGGCAUACGGAAGCUCUGACCGUUUGCCUUCUGCUCAUACAUGUUUCAACCAGUUGGAUCUACCUGAAUAUCCCUCUAAGCAACACCUGGAAGAGAGACUCCUGCUUGCAAUUCAUGAAGCCAAUGAAGGAUUUGGUUUCGGUUAAAAGUUGGAAAUGUAAGUAAAUAUGAUAUAAUAAACAUAAUAGGUUGAACAACAUAACAUACAUACAUAUAGUGUACAGUUUCUUUGGUUAUAUCAACAUUAUUAUUUUUCUAACUUC